AUGCUUCAUUCACAGAAAGUGGUUGUCGUUGGAGGUGGCCCUGUUGGGGCGUUAUCUGCGCUUUAUGCUGCUAGAAGAGGUUACCAAGUCGAGUUGUAUGAGCUGAGAGAUGAUCCAAAUUAUGGUGACCCAAAUGCUAGGCCGGAUAUUGCAGUUAUCCCACUAGCCCUCUCAGAGCGCGGUAUCAGGGCGAUCGCCAGCGCAGGUGUGCCAGGACUGCUUGAAGAUAUCCUGGACAAUUCAAGGCCAGUGUAUAAACGAAUGGUUCAUACAUGGGGAAGUCAGGGGCAGCACAUGCAAAUCCCAAUGACAUACGGGCCACAGGGACAGUGUCUUCACACUCUGCAACGAGAGAAGAUAACCAGGCACGUUAUGCUGGCACUUCUCAAAGAGCCCACAGCAAAGCUCUUUUUCAACCAGAAGCUAUCAGCAUGCGACUUCGAAAGGAAAACAGCAACUUUUGAGACGGUGACUUGGCGAGAGAAGUCCCGUUUCUCAGAACAGGAGCUGGCAAAUGCUGUCCUGGGUCAUGUGUCGUCUAUACCUAACGGAACUGGGCAAGGGUGUGAAAAUGUAUCUUUGGAGCUAGGAAAUAUAUCAAACACGAAGCGCGUGGACUUUGAUUUUUUGAUUGGAGCGGAUGGAACCUAUUCCAGUGUUCGGCAAAGUAUGAUGCGAAGCCUUGAAAUGGACUUCUCGCAGACUUACGCCAAUGCAAUGUGGUGUGACCUGAUCUUUCCUCCGGAUAAGAAUGGUCACUAUCGAAUAGACCCUAAGUGCCUUCACAUAUGGCCAUCUAACCAGAGUAUUGUUAUCGCUCAGACCGAUAUUUCGAUCAAAUGUGGGAAACUUGGGUAUAAAGACAAUGCUGUGCUCCUGGGCGAUAGCUGCCACACAAUGACUCCUUUCCACGCGAUGGGUAUGAUUACCGGCCUUGAAGAUGUGCGUGUAUUCUUCGAAGAGUUCCGUGACCCCGGGGUAUCUGCUUUGCCAGAGGCGAUGGAUAGCAAUGGCUUUGCAAAGGAGAAGCCAUUCUGUGCUCCAGGCACUGUGCAAGCCUAUACAGAGUUCAGGCUGCCUGAUAUUCACACUAUGGUCGAUUUUGCGAGUGAGCAUUACCACGAGCUCCGGAUCGGCGUUAGAUCUCGAAUCACAAGGAUAAUGAAUAUGAUUGACCGUUUUCUCGGCGGAUGGUUACCGGCUUUAGGUUGGACAACGUUAUAUGCAAGGAUUCAAUUUCAACAUGAGAGGUUCAGUGUCGUCAAGGCCAAAGAACAGAGACAGAGGAAGAUACUAGGCAUUAUUGUUGCUAGUGGUGCCAUGUUAGGUGCCAGCAUCGUCGCUGCAGGGAUCGUAUCUUUGCAACCGAGGAUCACGUCAAUGUUAUCGGUGUCCACUGCCUCUCAUUUGUCUCAAAUGUUUUCGCUGUCAGCCUAA